UGCAGAUUCAGACAGCGUGUGACUGGGAACGAGAGAGAGAGAGAGAGAGGCAAAGAGGAGGGGGUUAUAGGGAGGAAAAGGCGUUUCCAUUCUCAAACCGGCGAGACGCUCAGAAACGCGCGAUCACGAUUCGGUGAACGGACGCUUAAAGUUUCCGCGGCGUCUUCGUUCAUCACCGCACCGACUUCAUCAGAUAUAUUCACACUCUUUGACGCUUUUGUCGCUGAUGUUUUGACCGAACAGUGUUUGUGGUGAACUGGACUUUGUAUUUGGGUGGCCAAAGCGCACAGCGGAUCUCAUCCAUCGCCACACCGGGAGCAUCAUCUUCAUCAUCAUCAUCAUCAUCGCUGGAUUACCGGAAGAAUGUCUGAAUACAGCUCAUUGUUGAGUGAUCUGUCUGAGAACAUCACUAAUGAAGACCUGGAGCAGCUGAAGUCGGCCUGUAAGGAGGACAUCCCUGAAGACCAGAGCAACUCUAUCACCUCCUCCAAAGACUGGUUCAGCUACCUGGAGAAGAAUGACAAACUGGCACAAGAUAACCUAUCCUACAUAGAGCACAUCUUUGAGAUCUCACGGCGGCCGGACCUCUUGACCCGGGUCAUCGAGUACCGCACAACCGUACUGAAGAUCUCCGAAGACGACGAGAUCGACACCAAACUCACACGCAUCCCCUCGGCAAAGAAAUACAAGGAUAUCAUUCGCCAACCGUCAGAAGAUGAGAUUAUCAAACUGGCUCCUCCCCCUAAAAAAGCAUGAGGUCAAAGUUCGUGACCUCUGCUCCUCAUCCCCGGCACUUCAUCUUGCCCAUCAUCGUCACCAAACCACGCCCACUGCCCCGCCCACUCCACCUCCCACCGAACAGAAGCCAAGCAGCCAAUCAGAUCGCCAAGACGCUUUACAGCCACGCCCACGCCACUGAGGCACGGAAAGCAUUGAAAAAGAAAUGGACAAAAA